GCACGUCCUAUAAAACACAAUAACUGUUUGUGAGAAGAGAAGAUAACACAUGGUACACUGAUGCUGUUGAGGCAUGCCAAGAGAAUCAGAUUGUAACAUGGUGGUAUGCUGGAAGAAAAAAAUAUAGAGAAAGAACAACAUAAAGGCAUGAGGACAAUGAUCAUCUCUGCCAGGAUCUGGGCAGGAUUCCAUCCUUACCAUGUCACUCUACUCACGAGUGGCCUUGCUGUCUUUCCUCUUCUGUUUCUGUUGGCCCCCUUUGUGGAGAGCCAGUAAUUCUGGCUCCAGGGACUUGGUUGUUGCGAGCCGCUUUGCGGCACAGGAAAGUAUUCUUUAAAGUUUCUUUUCUCGUAUUAACCUGUAGCACUCAUGUGAAAUCAUAGCCUUCCUUUUCGUCUCAGCUGGUGAUUAAGCAGUUUUACCCGUGUAAAGAAAGAGAUUAAUACAAACAGCAACGCUGAGUGAGGAGCUUACCUUGGCAUGACUUUUUCUCAGAGGUUUGAUUAUAGAAUGAUUGAAGGGAACUGUAUGAAAGCUCUCUGGAAGGCGCACAAAGUGAGGAAACACUCUCCAAUGAAAUCCUUAAAUGCGCUCACAACAGGCAGGCAACAAAAACUUUGUGGAUGGUAACAUCUCAUUGGUUUUCACAGGACUGUGAAAAAUGGACAGUAGUUCCCAACUGCACUCCGACUGUGCACUUCCUAGUGAUUCAUUUAGCUGACACAUUCAUUCUGCUCCAAAUCCUAGUAAGCUGCCUUGAUGUUGUUAACUAUCUUCUAAAGGCCCUUCACAUUAGACAUGAAUAUUCAAAUAAGUAAAAUGGUCUCUACAUUAAUUUAUUAUACAACAAAAUUCUGUUGUCAUAUGUAGCCUACCUUAAAUUAAAUGUCAUAACCAGUCAGAAAAUAAAUGGAUGUAAGUCUCACGAAAGUCUCACAUUUAUGUAAAUGUAUUUCCACUUGUCAAAAAAUGGUCCCUGUGUUGAACAAAUUCCAAUGAAUAUAAUAAAAUUACUGAAUUUAAAUAGAAACGUUAGUCGUUUGGACGCUAAUAAUUGUUUAAGAAUCAUUAAAGAAGCUUCCUUUCCUCCUUCCCACUCCCUCACUGAUGAUGAACUUCAUUAUUAGAGCCAGGGUGAAGUUUAUCGUCUGGAGCAGAGGACAUCUGUUUUGCGUGUGGGAGAGACACACAAGCAGUGAAGUGAGACAAGGCAGGCCACGCAUGAUCAGUAGAGAGAAGCUUUGAUCAGACAGACCCAACUCCCCCUCUCUCUGCAGCGUCAGAAGGGGACAUCAAACCGAGUCUCUAGAUGAGGAAGAGCAGGAAUACCACAUGCUGAAAUGCACCACGGUGGAGAUUUGAAAGUCAGAGGUCACGGUGACUCCAAAGAUGUCAGACAGGCUCUGCGGGACAUUCAGCGGCAGAACCAAUUGAGGAGCGAGCCACCUUUGCCUCACCGUCAUAAGAGGAGAUGGUCGCAGAUUCGCUCGGAGGGAGACCUUCCUAAACCUGCUCCACAGGAAGAAGAAGAACCCUUCAUUUUAGACCUGAAGAACUUCCCUGACCUUGCCAAUGCAGACCUGGGCUCCCAGAACCCAAACAUUCAAGUUACCAUUGAGGUUGUGGACAACCCACAGAUGGAGAUUGAGAUGGACCUUGCCAAGGAGAGCAUGAAUGACUGGUCCUUGAGCUCUGAAGAGUGGCUGGGCCAUAAAAAGCUCUUCUGGCCAUUGUUCUGGGAAUAUCACGACUCCAGUCAAGAAGGUCCUGGGCAAGGCAGUCUGGAGGAGAAUGGGGAGGACCUCAGUUAUGAGGGAGAAGAUUCCCUGUUGAGUGGUGUGGGUGCAGACUGGAACAGACGAUGGAAGGGCUGGGACUCCAUGGACAAUUACGAAUAUGAGGAGGAAGAAUGGAGCGACUGGUCACCAUGCAGUGUCACCUGUGGACACGGGAAUCAAAAGAGGAUUCGUUCAUGUGGCUACGCCUGCACUGCCACAGAAUCACGGACAUGUGAUUUAUAUCAUUGUCCCGAUGACAUAAUUCCUGUGACAGAACCUACUCCUCAUGAAGUGGCAAACAGCACAGAGCUUUUUGGCACAGAUGUUGACAGCUGUGAGAAGUGGUUGAAUUGCAAGAACGACUUCCUCGAGAAAUAUCUACACCAGGUCCUGACAGAAUUACCCAACUGCCCUUGCAUCUACCCAUCCGAGGUGGUCUACAGUGCUGUCAACAUUUUUGAUAGGAAGUUACAAAAGACUUAUCGCUGGCGAGACGCCAGCGGCCCAAAGGAGAGGCUGGACAUUUACAAGCCCUCCGCAAAGUUCUGUGUUCGCUCGAUGCUCUCCUUUGACAGCACCACGUUGGCUGCACAGCACUGCUGCUACGAUGAUCACAUGAAGCUCAUCACUCGAGGCAAAGGGGCCGGAGCCCCCAACCUCAUCAGUACGGAGUUCUCGCCGGAACUUCAUUACAAAGUGGACGUUCUUCCAUGGAUCCUUUGUAAAGGAGACUGGAGCCGCUUUCAUUCGGUUCGGCCUCCCAAUAAUGGUCUACUGUGUGUUGAGAACCCGCAGGAAGACGUCUACAUGAAUGAACUAGAGGAGGCCAGGGAGUACUGAUCCAGAUCAUGGAUUUCACAUCAAAUCAACAAGUGUUUGCUUAAUUCUGGAGAGUCCUCUAGAGAUUCUUCUGGAAACUAAAGCUUAGAUACUGUAACAAACUGUUUUGUACAGCUCAGUUGCAACAACACUGGUUUAACAUGUUGGUCCAAAGCCCAGAUUGGAAGAUCAUGAUGCAAUUUUCUGUCUUCUUUCUUCUGUGAUGUUACGUACGUGCUCCAAACAAAGUUCAGCAAGAGUUCUUCAAUGGCAUUCUCUAGAACAAAUUUGCUGUAUUUUCAUUGGAUGCACGUUUGUUUUCCUCAAGUGUCCUCAAAGACUCUGCUCCACCAUUAAAGGAAUUCCAGUAAAGCUGCUAGAAUUGUGAGAUAUUCAAAAAUGCAACAAAAUGCCUAUUUUGUUGUCUUUAGACCUGAAGCUCAAUCCUGGCCUCGCUCCAAUCUGUGCGAGAUCAGUCCAAACAAAUCAAACACAAGCCGCACCACUCGCAAACCAAUUCAACAAAUUUCUGAGAAUAGUUCUUCUCUUUAGAGUUUGUUUAUUGUUACUCCAAAUAUACACAGACUUUGUGUCAUUGGAUAGAUAUUUAUGCAGGAUCAUUUGACCUUUGACCUACCUUUUUGUGGAGAACUGUAGCAGAACAAAAUUAGGGAAUCUGAGAAGCGAUAGGGAACCUUUUUUGAACUUGUCUUUGAGAAGACGCCCCUCAGCAAUGGGAGGCUUGUUUUUUAAAAUCUGAAGUAUAAUUGGAUCCCAUUCUGUUUUCAACACAACUCAGCUUUGUGCUGAAUGCAAUAUGAGACAGCCGCCUGACACCAGUGCAGGGGGCUGUCAGAGCUUGGUUGAUGGAUUGAAGUCUUCCUGUAAAGGUGAGGUGAAGGUGACACUUGUUGUAAACGAACUUCUCUUUAAAUACAAUGGCUCUUUCAAUGUCUCAAUUCAUCCUUGAGUCCAAAACAAAGCCUAGAGGCUUACAUGGGAUGUAGUUUGAAGGACCUAAGCCGCCCUUUUCAGCACAAGUGUUGUCAUGAUCUAUUUGUGAGAUGUUGACAUGGAAUGCUGGUGAUUUGAUUUGUAAAUUCCUGCUGACAGACAACUGUUCCAUGUAGCAAUAAACAUCCACCUUUGAUAAUAUCUUACAUUGUGAUUUUAAGCACAGUAUAGUAAUAUGAAAACUCAGUUCAGUCUUUUUACUAGAUAAAUGAAAAAGAGUAAGGUUAGUUAGACCUCUGGGGGUCUUCAAUGCAGCUGUGAUUCUGAACAAGGUACUUUGAUGAAAAAUCAUUAUCAAAAUCACGCUUCAUGGCUCAUCUGCUUGGUUCAUCUUAAGAUCUACAUUCCUCUAGAUUUAAGUUCUAACUCUAAAUAAACUUCUAAACUUUAAAAAUAUAAUCAAAGUAUUUGCAUUCACUUGAAAAAUACAGACAGGUUGCAAGUAACGCUAAACUCUGCAGGAGAUCUCCAAAAGUAGGAAUGAGCCAAGUGCACAUUAGCAUCGCUUAUGAUCCCCUUCAAACCUGAGCAAAACCGUGAAGAAAUUUUAGUUGAGAUAACAGUAAAUGCCAGCCAUGAAAAUGUCAUUCAGUCCAGCUGUGAGAACGUUGGAACGUUAGAACGUUAGAACGUCCUGCUCUUAGUGAUAGUAUAUUUUCCUUAAAUAGUACAGGCAUGGAUUUUAUGAUCUUUGUAAUAUGUACUGUACAUGGGUUCUGUCCAAACUAGGCUCAUUAGAAAUACGUGCCUCUUCUUAAUUUUUUUUUCAAAACCCCAAACACAUACCUAUGCAUACAGUUUACUAAAGUUUCCAGCUUAAAUGAACACUGGUGGCAGUAAAACUGCAUCAACUUUUAUUCCUUUUCCCACAUAUUAUGAUUACAGGGCAGAUUAUCAAUUAAUGUCUUAGAGUAUUUCAGCCUGAUUCUUUGCAUGACCUAAAAACACUUUUACCAAAGCGAAUGAACAGUAAAUGAAUACUUUUUGAAAUUUGCAUCACUUAAUCUGCUCCUUAUGUCUGGCUUUUCUAAUGUAGUAAACUUGCUUGGUUGCUCACCUGGUACUUCAUUGAACUUGCAAUGUGGAGUGCUCUGGUACAAGUUCCAAGCAAGCUAAAAUGGCAUGGUUGCUUUACCUACAGUUGCUUUUGUUUACACUAUUGGUUAGGUUUAGGGUGAGGUUUAGUAUAGGACGUUUCACUUUGAAGGUGUUGUGAAACAUGUAAGAAGCAAUGCAGUAUUUUGCAGAAAUGUCCAGUAUGUCCAGUGAGCCUGGGUUGGUUCUGUCACAAGUAACUCGCAGCGUCUACCUACCCGAGUUUUGACUUUGGCUUUGUGUGUCAAUAUUUUUGGUGAAUAAACUGAUGAAUGUGGGUAUUUGUAUAACUUGGUAUAACUUAAAUGGAAAAUGUAGUACUUUUUUCUAAUACUGGUUGUUGAAGUUUAGAUAAAAUACACUCUUUUUUUUAAGUACAUUUGAUGGUAAGAUUUCACCUUUCAGAGCUUCAAUAAGAAAGGCACUUUAUUUAAAUAUUGAUAUUGGAAUAUAUUUGUAUAUAUAAUCAUAUAUUGAAUCAUACUUGUACAAUUUAGUGACUUUAUAAAAAUGUUAUUGUAAAGGUAUGAAUAACAAAUGCUGUUUUUUUAGGAUAUUGUAUGUAAUGUAAAAUUUUGGCAUGUCAUUUUAACUGCAGAUUUAUCAUUGUACAGUAUUUAUUACUUUUGAUUUGGUAACUCAUUGCUAUGAAGUGGAUAAUCAAAUAAUUCUAUGCACUAUAUGAGUUAUUUGUCUUAUAGGGGAAUUCUGGUUUGUGAAAAGGAAAGUGCCAUACCACACACCGUUCUACUUCUACAUCUUUCUUUUUUAUUAAACACUCCGUGUCCAGAUAUAAUAAAUCUAACUUUGAUUAUGU